GGACUCCCAAGAGUACGGCCACUUCCUUCUUUCUGCCCACGCUAGGGACUACUCCUCUACUGGCCUGGCUUCCGGUUAGGGUCUCUGGCCGCGUUGCCCCAGCGUGACUUCUCUUCAGGGCGCGGUUGCGGGAGCCUUGCGCGGGAGCUCUGUGCCCAUGAAGAUCCCGCUCGUGACUCUCCAGCCCCGCCACCAUGAAUGGGGCCCUGAUCCCCCAUACGCCCAUCGCUGUGGACUUUUGGAGCCUGCGCCGGGCUGGUUCCGCGCGGCUCUUCUUUUUGUCCCACAUGCACUCGGACCACACCGUGGGUUUGUCUAGCACCUGGGCCCGGCCCCUCUACUGCUCCCCAAUCACCGCUUACCUCGUGCAUCGUCACCUACAGGUACCUAAGGAGUGGAUCCGGGCCUUGGAGGUUGGUGAGAGCCAUGUCCUGCCUCUAGAUGAAAUUGGGCGAGAGACCAUGACUGUAACCCUCAUGGAUGCCAAUCACUGCCCUGGCUCUGUCAUGUUUCUCUUUGAAGGAUACUUUGGAACCAUUCUCUACACAGGUGACUUUCGGUAUACACCAUCCAUGUUAAAGGAGCCAGCCCUGAAACUGGGGAAACAGAUCCAUACCUUAUACCUAGACAACACCAAUUGCAACCCAGCCUGGGUUCUUCCUUCCCGACAAGAAGCUGCCCGCCAGAUUGUUGAGCUCAUUCGAAAGCACCCACAACAUAACAUAAAGAUUGGACUCUAUAGCCUGGGAAAAGAGUCACUUCUGGAGCAGCUGGCCCUGGAGUUUCAGACCUGGGUGGUAUUGAGCCCUCGGCGCCUGGAGUUGGUGCAGCUGCUGGGCCUGGCGGAUGUGUUCACCGUGGAAGAGAAGGCCGGCCGCAUCCAUGCAGUGGACCAUAUGGAGAUCUGCCAUUCUUCCAUGCUACACUGGAACCAGACCCACCCUACCAUCGCUAUCCUUCCCACAAGCCGGAAGAUCCACCGCUCCCACCCCGACAUCCACGUCAUCCCUUACUCUGAUCAUUCCUCCUACUCGGAGCUCCGGACCUUUGUUGCAGCACUGAAGCCUUGCCAGGUGGUGCCCAUUGUCAGUCGGCAGCCCUGUAGGGACUACUUUCAGGACAGCCUGAGCCCCAGGCUCUCUGUGCCCCUGAUCCCGGACUCUGUGCAGCGAUAUAUGAAUUCCUCCUCAAGGAAACCAAGCUUUCUCUGGCUGUUAGAAAGGAGGCUAAAGAGGCCGAGAACCCAGGGUGUCAUGUUUGACUCCUCUCAGGACACUGCUGAUCAAUCUCCAGCUGCCAGGGACUCAAAGAAGGCCAAGAAUGAGAACCUUUCUGGGGACCUUGAGAAGAAGGCUUCCCACCAUCCUUUGCAGAUCAAGAAACAGUUGUCCCCGGACCUCUGCUACAAAGAAUGGGAUGGGGCAGUCCCUAUCUCUGAGUCCCAGAAGAUGGUGACUGUACGGCCCACCCCCUUGAGUUUUUCAAUGCACUUACAGUCUACAGAUGAGGAAUUUCUUUCUCUAGAAACUGGGGAGGAAGUUGGUGUAGGGCCCCACUUGGGACCCAAGGGAGACCACAGUGGCUCAGCAGCCACAGGGAACCAGAGCGCUUGGCUGGCCCAGGAGUCUCUCCUGUCUUGCAGUAGCACGGCUGCCCCUCUCCUGGCUCCUGAGUUCAGGGGCCUGGCACUAAAAUACCUUUUGACUCCAGUGAACUUUUUCCAGGCACAGUUCUCUUCUAGGGGCUUUGACCAGCAAGUGGAAAAAUACCAUAAACCAUUGCUGAAGUCCAGAGAGGAGAAUGCAGAAUGA